UGCGGCUCUUCCACAGGGUGGAGGGUGCAGAGCGCGCCCACCUGGGCGCCCUCCUCGCCUGCCGCUGUGCCGGCCAAGGUCACCCCGCCGCCCGCCGCAGGGACCGGCUCUCCACAGACGCCCGCCGCGGUCGCGGCCUCCUCAGCCGGCGGCGGCCCUCACGGCACCACAGCGGCAGCGCCCGCGGCUGCGACCCCGAAGUCCCUGACGACGUACCCGACGUCGCCGCUUCCCAGCAACACGCCCGUGGAGCCCAGAGGCGAGGAGCCCACCGGCACGGCUCCCGCCUGGGAGGGCACAGACACGGCCGCGGCCCCUCCCGGGUUCCUCUCAACGAGCGGUGACGUCCUCCUGACAGUCACCCCCGGGGACCGUGGUGUGUCGCCCGCGGCGUCGCCCACAGGGUCGCAGCCCCCCGCCGAGCCUCCCGCGCCCACCUCCCCUCCAGCUCCAGCCUCGUUCCUGUCGCCCUCGCCACCUGACGACGCUUCCUCUGCCUCCGUCACCACCACACACGGCUCCACGGCGGCCGCCACGCAGCCCACGGGGGCUCCAGCCACACCCGCGUCCCCGACGGAGGAGCCCCCCUCCGGCCGCAGCCCCUCCGCGCACAGCCCGGGGGAGCCGCUGCCCCGGGGGGAGGCGUCCCCCGCCACCGUGCCCGGCAAGGCGGUGUGCGAGCUGGCGGACGCGGAGGCCACCACCGCCUUCCCCAGGGCGAUCCUGCGGGACGUGCAGCACGCGCUGAGUUCAGGCAGCAUCGCCGCUAUCACCGUGACAGUCAUCGCCGUGGUGUUGCUGGUGUUUGGCAUCGCAGCGUACCUGAAGAUCAGGCACUCCUCCUACGGAAGGCUCUUGGAUGACCACGACUACGGGUCCUGGGGAAACUACAACAACCCUCUGUACGACGACUCCUAACACAGGGGCGCGGCCUGGCAUGAGGACUGACUGCUCUUUAUUUAUAAGUGCUUAUCCAGUAGAAUUUAUGACAAGCACCUGAUGCACAUUGAAAAUGACAAUCUUAAGCCCUGUUUUGUUGGUAUGGUUGUUUCUGUUUUCCUUCCUCUCCUCUCGCUGCUACAACUUCCCCUUUCUGGUACAAAAAGAACCAUGAUUUCAAGGUGAGUAGGGGCUGAUUCUCAGCUGAAAUGGGCCAGCCUCGCUGCGGCCACACCACAGGACCCGGUUUGAGAAGGACCCAGGAAGCGCACUCGGGUUGUUUCGCUGGGGUGACUUUCAGGGGAACCUUUUGUUUGUGUAUUUCUUAAUCCUAUUCAGGAUAUCACAUGAAAUAUCAAUGAGGGGAAAGGAGAUGAGUCCUAGGAGGGUUUCGCCCUCACGGGAGGGAGCAGGGGUUUCUAAGUCCUUUAUAAUCUGCUUAUCUGGUUGUGGCUGACGGGAUGCCCGCUUGGCUCUGCAAGCGGAAUCGCAGCUCCUUAGCUGCCUGGUUAAUGACAGGAGGAAACCCGAAGUGCCCUGGAGGGCCUCGCAGACGGGAGCGGCGUGGCAGGUGGCCGGUGGAUCUGAGCAUGCGCUCCACCUGCUUUCCCGCGCCCGGCCACCUGCGCCCGCACAGGAUGCCCACUCUGGUCACAUGCAGCUGAGGGCCCAGCCCAUGAGCUACAGCAGAGUUGCAUUUGCAGAGCAGGAGGCUGUGAGAUGAGCUGAGUGAUAGAAACGGAGAGGCAGGUGGAUCGAGCACACGUGUGCGGGGUUGGAAGCGGGAGUGGGGGUGGGGAGAAGGAUGCUCACCUGCACUGAGUGUCUCAUCAGGGCAAAUGGAAAUCAGCUGUCAGCAACAUCCUCUGCUUAGAGGAGCCCAGAAAAUCCUUGCUUUACACCAUAAAGCAACUGGUCCCUCCUCACUCUGUCUGUUGGACAAUGGCUGCAAACUUUAAAAAAAAAAAAAAAAAAAAAAAGAGGCACUAUGGCAUUUCCACAGGAAACAGAAAGCAUGAUUAUUCUAUUUAUUCUUCCUGUACACUUAUCUAAUUCUUCACUCUAAUAAAUGAACACCCCUGUGUGUAGUUCUUAAAUCUUUCAGAAAGAACUGUUCAUCUCCGUAUUCAUCCGUUUAUUGAAGUCAUUCUCAACCAGGAGGUGGUUUUUUCUCCUGAUCCUACAUCUGAAAACGUCUCGUGACAAUUUUGAUUGUCAUGACUUGGGUGUGGUAGUAGCGGACAGUGGCAGGAAUGCUGCCAAACAUCCUGUCAUACACACGACAGCCCACCACAGCAAAGAAUCAUCUGGCACAAAAUAUCUACAGUGCUGAGAGUAAGAUUAUUGAUAAGAGUAAGAUUAUUGAGUAAGAUUAUUGUCAUGCUUUCUUUUUAACAAAAUCAGAUGAUAUGUUAAAUUUUUAUCUUGAAAGUGUUUAGUUUGUUGGCUGAUGGAUUGUGUUUGGUAUGCAUGGUCAUCUUUUUAUUUCUGUAUGUUUUCUAGAGAGCUUUAUUUCAUGGGCUGUAACUCUGUCCUCCUCUAACAUGAUAUUAGCAAUCAACAUUUUAUGUCCUGAUUUCAUGUCGUAAAAAACAAACAUUGGGUCCCAUUUCAAAAUGUGUUAUAUUGGCCUACAUUGUCAUAAGGAACUUGAAAAUGGGUCAGUUUUUAUUUCUAAACUCAGAUCUUGCUGCCAUGACUCCAUUUAGUUUGCAGAGACUUGACUUCCAGCUCACCCUGUCGCUAGCUGUGGCCCAGCAGAGCACUGACGUGAAAACCACCCUUGCUUUGCUAAACAUCUCUGUCGUCGGAGACACUAGGAAUAGUGUCACUUUCUGCAACCUGCCAUCCCACACUCUGAAAAAAAAUUAUUUCUAAGCUCCAUAGGUGCCAAAGACGACUGAGCAACUCCCAGAGAGAGGUAUUUUACAACAAGAGUGGACAGUUCGGAGUGGCCUAGAAGGAUUAGGAUGUCUCUGGGUGCUAAAGUUCAAAGAUAAUAAAAGUGGGUCUUCCCAGAAACAUGGACGAGAGUGACCAAGGGUGCCCCGUUGUCUUUCUUCCCCAUCCUGCCCCUCCAUAGGGCUUUCAGUUUGACAAAGGACAAGCCAGUAAAAAUAGGACAUUCCAUAUGUGGUAUUUUUUCCCUCCCAUGGCCAAAACCAGUUUGACAAAAUGUCCAUGAAAUGCCUUUGGGGAGGUGUCCUCUGGGUGUUGCUUCUGUCAUAGAUACUGGGUCAGAGGGACCAGCCUCUUCCCAGGAACCCCGACCGAUUACAAACCAUGGACUCCACAAAUAAUUUUCCUUACCAAAGGCUGCUAUUGUGCAAGAGCAUGUGACGGAUUUGUUGCUCUUAUAAACUUCCAGAUGCUCAUGGCAAAGGGCUCAUGGCUCUGGGCCUAAAGCAGAUGUAUUCAGCAAGGUGACAGCUUCCUGCAAAAACUCUAACCCCCUCUGUGAUGUUCUGUCAGUAUAAAACACCUGAAGGUUGAGCCUUAUUUUGCCAAAUGUAUCUUUUCUGAUUUUGAAUUGGCCAAAGGGUUUUAGCAAUUGUAUUCUACAAGUGUCACUUACACACGCAGACACACACGCGCGCACACCCCUGAAAUAUAUGCCGAUGGUUGACUGGACCUCAGGGAGUCUGUCAGGUGUUCCCCAGGGAAACAGCUCCAGGGGGCCCAAACUCCACACGGUGUCUGUGAUAGGACCAGUCAUAGAGCUUUAGAGAGAACGUCAGAGCAGGGGGGUGCAAGCAGCCACUCCCCAACCAUAGAUGACAAGUGUCGAAAGAGUGGGAUUCGACUGCUUCCUCUCCAUGGCCCAAUGAAAUCUCCUGCCCUCCCUGCACGUCUGUGUCUUCAUUUCCAAACUGGGUGAAGCUCUCACAGUGACCUCACCCCGUACUACCUCACAGACGUGUUGUGAGGAUCAGUGAAAUCACAUCUACAGUGUUUUCUGUUUCUGGAGAAAAAAUAUUUAUAGACAUUUUAAGUAUUACAUAGAUACAUAAGUGAUCUCUGUUUCUUGUUUGCUGUUAUGCCGGUGUGGUGUUCUUACAUGUUCUGUAGAGUGACAGUUGCAUCCUAGGCCCCGUCAGACAGCUGUCACAGGUCUGGACUGCACCCCACGCCCCAGGGCAGCUGAUUGACCACAGGGUUAAUUGUGCCUGGGAUCAUAAACGAUAGUUUUUAUUUCCAAAGGAAGGUCUGGCCCAGGACGUAGAUCUCAUGGACCCUCGAGUCAGAAUCCAGACGGUUAGGGUAACACGGAGUUUAUACUUGAGCACUGGCAGCAGUAGAGCUCUGGCCUGUGCCAUCCUGAAGUCUUCUGGAUUCUGCGUGAAGUUGAUUUUGGUUCGAUGUCAUCUGUUUCUCUUCUUCUCACUUGCAAGUGUGCAUGGUUCGAUCCCUCCCAUCUGGGACAUGAAUUUUGCAACUGGGCCAGAUGCUAAUUUGCACGUUGAUUCACCUUCUUUGCCUUUAAUCUUUUUUUUUUUUUUAGCAAAAGAAUGUACCAUUUCAACUUUGAUUUUAAAAAUACUAGUUGAUAUUGGUUAUAGUGCUAACCAAGAGAUCAAUACCAGAUUUCUCUCUUGGGGUGAGUCGACAAAUGUCAUUUAAAGAUGGAAAGAUAUGAAACUUCUUUGAUAUUUGAUGUUACUGUAUCCACAUUUGUUGUAAGAAAUAUUGAAUACCAAUUAUAAUUAUAUCGAUUAAAGUUGUUAAUAGCUU